ACUGACAGAGCUCUGUCCCCCCAACCCCCCCACUCCCCAGACAGGGACGAAUGUUCAGACAGCCCCAACCCCUGUUCUCACUCCUGCCACAAUGCACCUGGUCGCUUCUCCUGCUCCUGUCCGGCGGGCUUUGCCCUGGCCAGGGACGACAGGAACUGCAGAGACGUGGACGAGUGCGUGGAGCAGUCGGAUGAGUGUCGCUACAACCAGAUCUGUGAGAACACCCCAGGCGGGCACCGUUGCAGCUGUCCCCGGGGGUACCGGCUCCAGGGCCCCGGCCGGCCCUGCCUAGAUAUCAACGAGUGCCUGCAGCUGCCUAGGACCUGUGCCUUCCAGUGCCAAAACGUCCAGGGCGGCUACCGUUGCCUGUGCCCCCCGGGCCAGAUCCUCCUCCGUGACGGCAAGACCUGCACCCCGCCAGAGCAGAGUGAACAAAAUGGGACCACUGUCAGCCACCGGGGCCCCUUAGUGCCUUGGCUGCGGCCCCGGACCCCCCGCCCCAGGGGAUCCUACCAUGCCUGGGUCUCCCUCCGGCCGGGCUCCGGGGGCCCGAGCAGUCUGGGCCGGGCCUGGUGCCCCGCCGGCUUUAUCCGGCAGAAUGGUGUCUGCACAGACCUGGACGAGUGCCAGGUGAGGAGCCUGUGCCAGCACGCCUGUCGAAACACCGAGGGCAGCUACCAGUGCCUCUGCCCCGCGGGGUACCGCCUCCUCCCCAGCGGGAAAAACUGCCAGGGUGAGCGGUGGCCCUCCCAGGUCCAGGCGGGCCAGGACGGGGCUUCAUGGGAAGGGCUGGCUCCCUCCAGCCGCUUCUCAACCAUCUCACGUGAGGGUGGGGCAGGGAGAGGAGCUCAGAGCACCCCAGGAGCCCACAGCCAGCCCAGAAGCCACACUCUAAGCAGGAACUACGAGGUUGCACAGGCAGGCUCCGAAAGCAGCCGUGGAG